GGGGGUAGAUCUGAGGGUGGAUCCAUAAUCAUAUUAGACAUGUCAGGUCCUGCAGAGCUGCUGCUGGAGGAGAAUCUGUUGCAUGCUUCACAGCUCGAAGUUCUGCUCCAGUGAAGUUCCGGUUACAUCCACACUCAGGAGGUUGAUCCAGCUCUGAGAUGAGAUUUUAAAUGAGAUCCUCCAAAUCCAGGCGCCUCUCUGAAGCAUGGGGAACCUGAUCAAGGUGUUGACUCGAGACAUCGACAACAAUGCUGGAAACUUCUUCCUGGACUUUGAAAACGCUCAGCCUUCACAGUCAGAGACAGAGGUGUGGGAGAAGGUGAAUCAGGUGCUGACGGAAGCCAAGGUCAUCCUGGACGACCUCCAGACAUACAAAGGAGCUGGAGAGGAAAUCCGACAGGCCAUCCAGAAUCCUAAUGUUGAAGGUGUUCAGGAGAAGGCCUGGGCCGCUGUGGUUCCUCUGGUCGCCAAACUCAAAACCUUCUACGAGUUCUCACAGAAACUGGAAUCCAGUCUGCAUUGCCUCCUGGAUAUUCUCACCAGUGCUGACUCGACUCCAACUCAACAUCUGGAGCAGAAGCAGGCGCUGGCUCGUCAGUUCGCCCACAUCCUGCACUUCACACUGCGCUUCGAUGAGCUAAAGAUGACCAACCCUGCCAUCCAGAAUGACUUCAGCUACUAUCGGCGAACCAUCAGCCGCAUGCGGAUCAACAACGUGUCGUCGGACUCGGGAAGCGAGGUCAACAACGAGCUGGCCAAUCGGAUGUCUCUGUUCUAUGCCAGUGCCACACCGAUGCUGAAGACGCUGAGCGACGCGACAUCAAAGUUUGUUUCAGAUAACCCAGAGGUUCCGAUUGAAAACACGACCGUCUGUUUGAGCACGAUGGCCUGCGUGUGCAAAGUGAUGCUGGAGACACCGGAGUACCGCAGUCGCUUUGCCAGCGAGGAAACGGUUCUGUUCUGCCUCCGUGUGAUGGUCGGCGUCAUCAUCCUGUAUGACCACGUCCAUCCAGCCGGAGCCUUCGUGAAGACCUCCAACAUAGACAUGAAGGGAUGCAUCAAGGUGCUGAAGGAGCAGCCGCCCAGCAGUGUGGAGGGUUUACUCAACGCUCUCAGGUAUACGACCAAACAUCUGAAUGAUGAGACUACCUCCAAGCAGAUCAAAAAUAUGCUGCAGGCCAAUUAAUAACUUCUUCAGCACCAAGAGGGAAUGGUGUGAUGGGAAGGUCCACAUUUCAGAAGAACUACUGAACAAAACUUCAGUUUUUUUACUUUGUAUUUUUUUUUUUAUUGUAACUUUAAAAAUUAAAAAUUUUUUGUUAAAAGAAGGGACAAAGAUCAGUGUUUGCAUUCAGGUUUCAUUCCAGAGGUGCAGUUACCUCUGCCCCCUGGUGGACAUUUAUGAUAUUACAUUAGACCUUUAUGUUUUUAUGCUAGUUAAAGGACGCUGGACGUGCAAACACUGGAGUUAAAAGCACUGACAGUAAAAGUGCUCGCACCCCCUAAUGUCUGCAGUGAUAAUUAGAACUACUAACUGCUUGCUUGUCUGAUCUAUUUGGAUCUGGAAUGAAUUCACUGACAAACUGGUUUCAGGUUUGUGCUCUUUAAAUGGGUGGAGUUUUAGUUGAUAAUUUAAUAAAGAGGGCCAUCAAACUAAAAGCUAAAAACAUACCAGGUGUAAUUUAUUUCUAAUGCAUUCAGACAGCAAAAGUCCACCGAGGGCCAUGUUGGGAUUAUUUCAUGUUAAAUACACUGUAAAUCUAACAUGUUAGCUGAUCUGUAGAGACCUAGUUCUUUUUGCAGCCAUGUAAGCCUUCCACUGGAUCUACUGCCGCUAUAAUGCAUGUGAUUCUGUUGCAGCAAUCAUUGAGUCUAUCCCAGCCUGCAGAAACAUUCAUUCACAUGUGUGUCUGGACUUUUAAUGGAUCCAGAAAGAAGCUCCAUCUGAUGAGCAUCUGUGUCCAAACAUUUCACCAGGUGUUGUAGUUGACUCUUCUGCCGCUAAUAUAAUCAAAAACAAUGAAAUUUGAAUGUUGAUGAUGAUGGUGAUGAUGAUAAGGUACGGAUGUGAGGAAGAUCCUCCGACUGAUGUGGAUUUUUAUGUUCUCGCCCUUUGAACUGAUGCUCUUUGUUCUCAGCUUUAAGUUGUUCUGUGUCGAUGCUGCAGUUUCAGAGCCUGAAUGGCAUUAAUUGUUUUUAAUGAUGUGUGUCGGCCAAAUAAAUUUUUACAUUUUUAAUAAAAAA